CGCCCCUUCCUUCCAAGAUGUCCCCGUCACCGCCUCCGUCCCGGAGGAGGGCUAGGACGCCGAGUCCCUCCACGAGUCCCUCUAGGAGGGCCACCACUUCGCCGCCAACGACGCCACCCUCCACGAGACCAUCUUCUCAAAGUAUCAACGCCACCAGCGAGGCCACCGGCUCUGGCACCAAACAAUAUCAUGAAGCUGACCUCUUUGUGGUUGAUGAAGACGGGUCCUCUGAACCCUAUCUCAACCGUGGCACGGGUGAAGUCUGGACUCUUUAUUUUCAUUGCAAGAAUGCAAGUGCAGACAGAGAGUACGUAAUGUUCAAAUUAGAUAGGGCUCAUUUAAAUUUGUCGACCUUGUCAACUAUUAAGGACCAACUUGGGUUUUUUGUUCGUGACUUCUUAUACUAUAAGAAGCGAUGUGGCACAAGUGUAGCUAGUCUACAGCCAAUCGAUUAUAUGAAACAUACAGAGACUAUGAUACAAGACAAUGACAGUGAGAAGGAAAUCAGAUUAGUACUCUCACAAGAGGAAGAGACCUCUCAACAAGUGAGCAUAACACCACUCAAGCGACCAAGGCAGCAGCCGGAUGAAGAUGAGCAUCCAUUUAUGGAUGAACCACUAGAUGCGUAUAAGGUCUGGCUAAAGGAGCUCCCAAAGGAAAAAUCCAAAAAUUUAAAGGAUGAUUUUAGGGAAGAUACAGUCCACACAUACAAAGAAUAUUUAAAGAUGAAAGGAGACAUUCCUGAAAUUAUGGCAUUUGUUGAGCAAACUGACAAUGAUGACAUUGUAAUUCAAGAUGAUGAAAGUAAUUCAAGCAAUGGGACACCACCCACAAAUAGGCCAAGCCAUGCAAGGAAGAAAAAAGAAGAGGGAAAUGGACAAGGCUCCAAUGAGCGCAAGAAAAGAGGUCGCGACAUUGUGAAAGGUUUAUCAAUAGCCACCAAGAGAGUUAAGGAACGCACUCAACGACUCCCAAUCGAAUUUUCAGAAACGCGUGGGGGUCCUAUUGGACCUAACGUCCAGUGCAUUUGUGGAUGAGGUUGUACUGUUCACAAGGAAAUGGGCCCUACUAGUUGGAGUAGCCAGUUGGAUGAAUAUAAAGGAUAAUGUCAAAAAAGAAAAAGAUCCAAAUGCAACCAACACCCAGACUUAGGGUUUUAUCUGACAGAAAAUUCCACGA